UUGAACGGAGAGCGGGCUCAAGAAACACCCUCCCGGUUUGAAUAGCGAUCUUUUAAAUAAAUAAUGUAAAAUAAAGUACAUAUUGGUAUUACAGUGACUUAGUUAAUAUUAUUUCGACCUGCAAAUGUAUCGGACUGAGAGCCAAAUCAAAAUAAGAUAGCAAUAACUUAUAGCUAGCACUAGCUAGAUCGAGCUAGCAAUAGCUAAUUUUAAAUAUUUCGUGGGGCAAACAGGCUACUGUGGUUCCUUCUAGACAACUAUUGAUGUUCCUGUCGCUAGUUUUAUUGUAGUUAAAGAUGGAUCAAGUAGGGAGACCUUUGUUCAUGAAGACCUAUGGAAAGCAAACGCGGAAAAUCGAUGCUUGGAUCGUCCCUAACAACCGAAAAAUGACUUUUGACAGCACUUCUUCCUCGACGUCCGACCUUUCCGUAUCUGAACCCGCCCGUACUAAAUCAACCGUAGUACCGAAAAGGGGGAAGAAAACUCGUGUUGCCUGCAGGCAAGGUGUCCGUCCAGCCAAAGCUAAAGCCAUGAAGCGACUGGUGAAUAAUAGCAGCGACGAGGAGAACAGUUUCUUCCCCUCCCCAGCACCAACUAUUCAGCAUCAAAACAAGCCUGUCAGAGGGAAGAAAACUAGUGUUGCCUGCAGUCGAAGUGUCCGUCCAGCCAAAUCUAAAGAGACGAUGCACCUGACGGAUGAGGACAGUGAGGGGCAGAACAGUUUACCCCCCUUCCGUGCACCGCCCAUUCAUCAACAGCAAAACAAGGCCGCCAGGCGGGUUGCAGGGCGGAAAACAAAGCAGACAGUGAGCACCAGUGAGAGCGAGGGAGACUCUUUAGGCUUGAGGAAGGAGAGAGGCUCUCAGAAACGGCAAAGUGGCACUCUUGGCAGAGGGAAGAGACACUCAGAUGCCCCUCCUGACGCGCCCCUCUGGCCAUUUGUCACCCGCCGCAGAGGAGCAGCAGCGCCCAAACCUCAGAUCCCCAGAAGCACACGCAUCGCUCUUAUGCCCCUUCAAAGCCUCAACUCAUCAGAUGACUUUGCGCAGAGCGGUGGCAGUGGAGGCAAAGUUCCAUUUUCCCGCCGGCCCAAACAAGGCCAGCCCUGGGAGCUGACCAGUGCAGAGAGCCCUGUGGCAGGGCCGAGGAACAGUAGCGUGACAAACGACCACCUCAGAGAGAUCUCCUCCCUCAACGACUCUGCUGACCCUUGCCUCAAACCCUGCCCCCGGAAACCCCUGUUCUGCUCCACCCCCUCGCUUUGUCCCCCGCCCAGGCCACGACACAAGUCACACUGCCCCUCCUCCCUUCUGCCAGCCUCUGUCAUUGACAUUGUGAAUCUGAGCAUCACUCAGGAGGAAAUGGAAGUAGAUCCUCCAGAGGACCCCCACUGUACUUCUCUCUUUGCCCCAGUCUUGGAGCCCAGCCCUGGGGUGAAGCAUCCCUCAAACCUCGGAGAACCAGGAAGAACAAACUGUGAAGAGCCCCCUCAACUUAACAUGACAAACACAAGGAGGAGUUGUAACACAGAAGAAAAGGGUCACUCUAAAGGCAUAGGAAUCCCAAAUUGCGCCAUUGAGCCACAGAGCCUAGAACUGUUCUCACUAGUUUCCGGGAACCAGACUGACACACACAGGGCGUGGGAGGAAACUGAGGGCAGUGUUCAUUUUGUGUCAGCGUCUGGGGGUUUGGAAGAGGAGCAGAGAAGGAUGGGUGUGACCCAGCGCUGUGUGGUUCUGCUCGAGCGAGUGGACAAACCGACCAACGUCACUCAACCAGACGCAGUGACCACAUACUCGUCCUGUGUAGACCACAUGCGGUCAGUGAGCAGCGAGCUCUCUGCCGACCGUACAAACUUGAUCAAACUUGUGUUCUCGACCUCCUGCGGCUCGUCUUCUGAUCGUUCUGGUCUUAGCGUCGAAACCGAUGACCGUUUGCAGUCAGUGAGUAGCAUCGAGGGUGUCGACGGUUCGCCUUUAAAUGGCAGUAAGGCGAUGGUGGGUUCACAGUUGGACAGCAAUGAUCUCAGUGAAGUUUUUCAAUCUGCGGAUAAUCUCGAGUUGAAUAACCACACAUCCAACAGUCUGAAGUCGGUUGACCGUUCACGGUUGAUCGACAGCGAUCACUCUCUUGACCCGACCAGAUCGACUGACGUGGAGGUAGGUUUGGAUCGUCUGACUGCGACACUGAAGGAAAGGUGUCGAACCCAGCAGCUUGCAGUCAGCUUGGAGAACAUAGUUCAACCACAAACAGACCUGGAAGACACACUCAACAUAGACCAACCACUCCGAGUUACCAAAUUCUCCCUUAACUCUCCCAACGACAGUCAGUCUAGUGGGUCGGAAGUGGAGUCUGUUGACCAGGCGGUAAAAAGAAAAAGAGCCGCUGUCCCUCCUAAGGACCAGGGUAAAGCGCUUAAAGCUCUGAACAAUGUCCCGGUCGUUCCUGACCACGUUCCCGACGGCGUCCCCAGGCCCAGGAACGUUUCCCUGGCUCCCCAGGGGAAGAAGCGGCGCAGCGUGUCCAGGGAGCGCCCGGGGACCACUCGGAAGGCGUGCGUGAGCGGCCUGAGCUUGAGUCGGUGGAGCAAGAGAGACGGGGCGUCGGGGGGCGCCCAUGCUAACAACUACCAUGACAGGAGGAGACGGAGAGCAGCGCCCCAGUCUGGCAGGCCUGGGGACUGCAGCAUCACUGAGUUGCUGUCUGCACACAACAUGGCACCGGCCAAAGGGGCUGGGAUGGACAGCUGGCUGCAGCCUUCCGGAGCAGUCCUGUCCACUCCGGUCCGCACCGGACGCCUGUCCUCCCUGCUGCUGGACCUCACCCCCGACACACACACCUGGAGCCGCCUCAAAGCUGCCCUCUCCAUCCACAAGAAGACCAAGGCAUUCUUCAGCCCUCACCACAGCAACAUCAGGGCGCUCACACAGGAAGGGGCGGGGCUGGCAGAUGUCAGUCAAAGCCUGUUCGGUACACCCUUCCGUACGCCCCUCCCCCGAUGCCUCACGUCUCAGUGUCAAAUAAGCACUCCUCUGAGUGCGCGUGUGGACGAACUGUCGGACGCAGAGAAGGUGUACGCGGAGUGCGGCCAGCCAAAGGCACUGGCCUGGGAGGCGUGUCUGCCCCCUGGACGCAUGAAGCUGUGUAAGAAGAUCGGAGAGGGCACCUUCGGAGAGGUGUUCACCACCACCAACAGCACCGGUGACACUGUGGCGCUCAAGAUCAUUCCAUUGGAGGGCAGUGAGAAGGUGAACGGAGAGAAGCAGAAGAGCUUCGGAGAGAUCCUCCAUGAGAUCAUCAUCUCCAAAGAACUGAGCAGUCUUAAAGAGAAGCAGAAAAAUAAGACUCAUGGCUUCAUUGGACUCAAUGAUCUCCACUGCGUGAGAGGGCCCUACCCCCCCACCAUGCUGAAAGCCUGGGAUGCCUUCGACCGCCUGAGGGGAUCAGAGAACGACAGACCGGAUUUCUUUGAAGAGGACCAGCUGUUUCUUAUCCUGGAGUUUGAGUUUGGGGGCAGCGAUCUGGAAAACAGUGACGGACAGCUGUCGUCUCUUGUCGUGGCCAAGAGCAUCCUCCACCAGGUGACCGCCGCCCUGGCCGUGGCUGAACAGGAGCUCUGCUUCGAGCACAGGGACCUCCACUGGGGGAACGUGCUGGUGAAGCCCACCACGGAGAAGCAGGGGGUGUUCCUGCUGGACGGAACGGCCCACUGCCUGAACACCAGGGGGGUGUACGUCCGCCUCAUCGACUACUCCCUCUCCAGAUUGGAGAUAGACGGCCUGACGGUGUCAUGUGAUAUCUCUGAGGACGAGGAGCUGUUCAUGGGCCAGGGAGACUACCAGUUUGAUAUCUACAGGAUCAUGAGACAGGAGAACAGCAACGAGUGGAGCGCCUACCAGCCCCACUCCAACGUGCUGUGGCUGCACUACCUGUGCUCCAAGCUGCUGGGGAUGAGGUACCGCGGGCAAGGCCGGGGGGCCAAGCAGACCCGGGAGGACCUCACCGGCUUCCUCAACUCUGUCCUCCACUACCCCUCGGCCAUGCAGGUCCUGCUGAACUGCCCUCUGUUCCAAUAAAACUCCCACAUACUUUUGUUGUGUGUGUUUGACAUCUGUGACCAGGUAUUAUGAGUUUGAAAGGAAUUUGUAGUGUCUUCCUGGAUGUUUGGAUUCUUAUGUGUGUAAGUGGUGUACUUUGUGGUAUUAUAUUUCUUAAAAGAGUUGCAGAGCUAGUAUUUUUGCUUUUUCUUAUUGCUCUAAAAAUAGUUCAAUACAAUGUGUGUGUUCAUGUAGAGCUUUGCAUUUAAUAAAGUACUAGAAAAUCUGA